AUGGUUCACCUCGCCCGAGUGCACACAGAUGCGGACAUCUCUCCCGUCAAACGGGUCGACUCCAUUCAGCUGGAGACUAACGAAGAUGACGACUUUUACUCCAGCGUCUACGGUACGCGCUUUGCGGCCGAGCAGCUGCCGCAGACCGAGAUGCCCGAGCGCGAAAUGCCGCGGGAGGUGGCCUACCGCAUGAUCAAGGAUGAAUUGAGUCUGGACGGGAACCCCAUGCUGAACCUCGCGAGUUUCGUCACCACCUACAUGGAAGACGAGGUCGAGAAACUCAUGACCGACGCCUUCAGCAAAAACUUCAUCGACUACGAAGAAUACCCGCAGAGCGCUGAGAUCCAGAACCGCUGCGUGAACAUGAUCGCGCGGCUGUUCAACGCGCCGACCAGCGGCGACGAGCACCCGAUGGGCACCUCGACGAUCGGCUCGUCCGAGGCGAUCAUGCUGGGCACGCUGGCGAUGAAGAGGCGCUGGCAGAACAAGCGCAAGGCCGAGGGCAAGGACUGCUCGCGCCCCAACAUCGUCAUGAACAGCGCCGUGCAGGUCUGCUGGGAGAAGGCCGCCCGCUACUUCGACGUUGAGGAGCGCUACGUCUACUGCACCCCCGACCGCUUCGUCCUCGACCCCGCCCAGGCCGUCGACCUCGUCGACGAAAACACCAUCGGCAUCUGCGCCAUCCUCGGCACCACCUACACCGGCGAGUACGAGGACGUCGCCGCCGUCAACGACCUGCUCGUCGAGCGCGGCCUCGACGUCCCCAUCCACGUCGACGCCGCGUCGGGCGGCUUCGUCGCCCCCUUCAUCAACCCCAACCUGCGCUGGGACUUCCGUCUGGAGAAGGUCGUCUCCAUCAACGUCUCCGGCCACAAGUACGGCCUCGUCUACCCCGGCGUUGGCUGGGUCGUCUGGCGCUCCCCUGAAUACCUCCCCAAGGAACUCAUCUUCAACAUCAACUACCUCGGCGCGGAGCAGGCCUCCUUCACGCUGAACUUCUCCAAGGGCGCCUCCCAGGUCAUCGGCCAGUACUACCAGAUGAUCCGGCUCGGCAAGCGCGGCUACCGCUCGAUCAUGGUGAAUAUCACGCGGAUCGCGGACUACCUCGCCGAGCAGCUGGAACAGCUCGGUUUUAUCAUUCUCAGCCAGCGCCGCGGCCGCGGCUUGCCGCUGGUCGCGUUCCGCCUGAAGGAUGAGCGCGAGGGGACAUUCGAUGAGUUUGCGCUGGCGCACCAGCUGCGCGAGCGCGGCUGGAUCGUGCCUGCGUACACCAUGGCGCCGCACAGUGACAAGCUCAAGUUGAUGCGGGUUGUCGUUCGCGAGGACUUUAGCAUGAACCGCUGUGAUGCGCUGAUUGCGGAUAUCAAGCUGGCGCUGAAGACGCUCGGCGAGAUGGACAAGGCCAUGCUGGAGAAGUAUACUCUACACGUCCGCACCCACGCGACCAACUCACACAAGGCCAAGCACAACCAUCCCCAUUACCAGGGCGAGACGCAUUCUCUGCAGGGCAAGACGGGCAAGACUCAUGGCGUCUGUUAG